AUGCACGAUAUUGAAAUCUCUGAAGGUGAAUAUCACGAGGCAAGCGAGAACGGGCUCAGCUUAAGUUCGCGACUGGCGGUGGCAGAUGCUUGCGCCAGACAAGCUGAUGCAGCACGACCGUUCCUACUAGAUAGCACGGUCAGGCUUCGGCCGUACCAGCAGGCUGGUCUAAAUUGGCUUGUGUCUAUGCACGAGAGGCAGUUGAAUGGUAUUCUGGCAGAUGAGAUGGGUCUAGGCAAAACGCUACAGACCAUCUCGUUGCUGGCACACCUUGCCGCUCACAAAGGUCUUUGGGGCCCACACCUCGUAGUCGUGCCAACGUCAUGCCUCGUCAAUUGGGAGUCGGAGCUAAAGAGGUUCUGCCCUGGAUUCAAGAUUGUCACUUACUACGGAGCAGCCAAGGCUCGAAAGCAGCUGCGCACUGGAUGGUCUAAGGCUUCAGCUGUACACGUCGUGGUCACCUCCUAUCAGCUGGCUGUGCAGGACGCGUCUAUCUUCCGCCGCAAGAAGUUCUAUUAUUUGAUACUUGAUGAGGCGCACAACAUCAAAAAUUUCGACAGUCGGCGCUGGCGCACGCUCCUCGCAUUUCAAGCACAACGCAGAUUGCUCCUCACAGGCACGCCUCUGCAGAAUUCGCUCAUGGAACUCUGGUCCCUAAUGCAUUUUCUCAUGCCUCAUAUAUUUCGGUCGCGCCAUGAGUUUUCGUAUUGGUUCGCUAACCCUCUACAAGGUGCAGUUGAGGGAAAAUCCAAGAUGUCCGAGGAGCUCGUUAGACGGCUCCAUUCAAUCAUGCGUCCUUUUGUACUGCGUCGCCUUAAGAAGGAUGUCGCCAAGCAGCUACCUGGAAAAUUUGAGCAUGACGUGCCCUGUCGGCUUUCCCGGCGCCAACAGCUGCUGUAUGAGGAAUUCAUGGCCCGCAGUUCGACCCGAUGUGCAAUGGAAAGAGCACCGAGUGGCAGUAAUUUUGUCUCCAUGAUGAAUGUUGUGAUGCAGCUGCGCAAGGUUUGUAAUCAUCCAGAUCUAUUUGAGCCACGUCCUGUCGUCGCACCUCUUGUGUUGCCAAACCUCGUGUUGGUGAUGCCGUCCAUUGUAUCUGCUGCAGUUGUUGACAUAACUGUCAAUGAUAUCGGUGGCAGUGUGCUGUGUCAAGCCAAGCUAGAUGAGGACCCAAUGCCGCUCGAAUCAGUGCGCCAUCUCCUGGCACCUGUGAACUUCGUGCAUGAAGCGCGCCGCCCGAUGUUCUUGGAGGACAUCAAUUUGAGUGCGGAGCUCACACCACAGGCGCUACUUCAUUCCCUUGCUCUACAUCAACGCCACCUACAUGCAGCCGUAGAACAAGACGCAGCUAGGGUGCUAUCUCGCCAUGUUGCAAAAUGUGCACUAAUUGUAGGUGCAACCGCGCCUUCAAAUGUCUCAUUCUCCACCCGCGCGUUCCUUGCUCGCAACUUUCGAUAUGCUACACCAAUGAAUACCGCCUGGCGUGCCGUUACCUUGAGCGGUAAUAAUUGGGACUCAGGAAAGUUUCACGAGCUUGCUCCGCUACUGAGACGCUUAAAGAAUGGCGCGCACCGUUGUUUAAUCUUCACUCAAAUGUCGAAGAUGUUGGACGUUCUCGAAUCGUUUCUGUGUUGGCAUGGACAUAGCUACCUGAGACUCGACGGUGGAACUCCUCCGGGAGAAAGGCAGCGCCUAAUGGAUCGUUUCAAUUCAGACGCCUUUAUCUUCUGUUUUGUUCUCUCCACUCGUUCUGGUGGAUUGGGUAUCAAUCUGACAGGCGCGGACACCGUGAUUUUCUACGAUAGUGACUGGAACCCUGCGAUGGAUGCACAGGCCAUGGACCGGGCACACCGCAUUGGCCAAACUCGUGACGUGCACAUCUAUCGCCUAAUAUGCAUCGCCACCGUUGAGGAAAAUAUCCUUCUAAAAGCACGCCAGAAGCAAAAGCUCGAAUUCAUUACGCUAACGGAGGGAAACUUUGAUAGCAUACAGCUUCAGCAGAAAGUUGCUAACGAUCGUGCUAGCGGCCUUCGAGACAUUUUAUCGACUCAGUCCAACAAUACUCCUGAGGUUGACAUUGCCGCUACUCUAGCCGAACUCGAGGACGUACAAGACGUCGCCCACGCACGUGCAGCUGCGGCUGAGGUGGCCACCGCAGCUCGUGAAUUUGAUGAGAGCACACGCACUGAUCUAGAUCCUGGAAUCGAUGAUGAAAACGUUCCACUCACGUCACUAGAGCUGAAGAAUCCCGAAGAAGAGGCUGCGCGUGAAGUGGCGGCAAUGGAGGCAGAAUUUGCUGCUUGGCAGGAGCGUGCUGGACCGGAUCCCGAGGCACUGACGAAGUCCUUGAGCGUGGUUGAAAGGCAGGCACUUACAGAGCAUGAGAGUCGCAUCAUCACCCUGCCAUCUGGGGCUACAGACACGAAAGCUUUCCUCACGUUUUCUGAACGUCGACUCAUGGAGACUAUCGAGAAGGAGAAUGCCGGAGGCGGGCCUACACUGGACGUCAACGAAGUUGAGUACUCAAAACAAAUCGAAGAGCGACGUGCAUGCUCUGAAGGCGAGCUCCUAGCAACAGAUAUUUACUUCGUAGACGACACGCGCGGCUCCGCGAAGUUGGGUCUUGACGAACAUGAAUUCCUGAAGCGUCGUCGUCUAGCGCUUCUGGCCAAAUGUAAUCGCGAGUGUACAGGGGCUGCAUGGGAGACGCGCAUAGAUGCAGUGACCAGCGACCCCUUCUGGUACAAUGUAGACACUGCAGAAGCAACCUGGCUAAAGCCGUUGGUUAUCCAGCGCCGAGACGCUGAUGCUGAGGCUCGACGGGGGGGCUAUGGAAAUUGGCCAAAAAAUGUAGCAGCGCGUGUCACGGCCAUGUGUGAACCAAUACCUACUCGAUGUGCAUGCGCGCUUGUCUGCCGUAACUGGGCAAAGUCGUGUGCGGAGGAUCAUCUGCUUGUCAAGGUUUUGCCAGCGGAGCAAAUCGAUGGAUGUCCAGACCACAAUCAAAAUUACGGUGUCGUGCAUCCUCCGACCAAGAUGGAUGUGCUCAAGCGUAGUCACGAUUCAUUUCCUAGCCCCAAGCGGCCCAGAUCAUUUUCCGUCCGUGACUGCAGCGGCCGAAACCAAAAGAUUCCUCAAAGCUUGCCUUUGUCAAAAUCACGCGUGUCCCUGCGAUCCGCGCUCGAAGCUGCGCUGCCAGGUGAAACACUUGUCCUGGGGCCGGGCCACUACUGGGAAGAUGGGGCAGACCUAAUUGUUGAGGUAGAUGUUCGUGUCAUCGGAGAUGUGACAAUGCCCGAUCGCGUUGUCAUUGAACUUGGGGGGGGUCUAUGCUGGCGCGCCCAUUCUGGUGCUCUUGUUGGUCUAACUCUCCGCCGGCCACGAGCGUGUACGGAAGCGACAUCGGCUCUCAUGAUAAAAAAUGGUUUUGUCGCAUGCCACCGCAUCAUUGUAGAUAACUUGGGCUCUGGUGGAGCAGCCAUUGUCGUCCACGGUGGUGCUGGUGUGCAUCUUGAUCGCAGCACCGUGGUCAACGCUACUGCAUCGGGAAUAUUUCUUCAGCCCGGCGCAAGAGCGACCCUGUCCCGAUGCAACAUCUGCAACAACGGCUAUUGCGGUCUGUCUGUUGCGCCCGAAGCCGUUUGCUUUCUUAAGGACUGCACUCUGCGCCAAAAUGUUUGUGCUCACGUCGCUGCUUUUGCAGGGUCAGCGAUUGCUCUCAAGUGUAAUGAUUUCUCAGCAGACGCCGACAAUGCAGCCCCUAUGCUCAUCCAAGAACCACGUGCGUUUGUUGUUGCAAGGCACAAUAUUGGCCUGGGUGACUCAAUGUCCGCGUGGCCUGUGGUAACUGUCCUGCCUGCCCGCUUAGGCAACUGCC